AUUUCAAUUCAAAUUCGGCUUCGGUGUGAAUUGCAUCUGAUUUCGUCCUGGCUAAUUUCUUUUUUCUUUUAUCUCUGAGAAAGAACUAUACUAAAGAAUGGACACAAUGGAAGGCAACAGCUCUACCAAAUCGUUCUCGUUUGAUAAUUACGACCAGCGAAUCACCAUAGCUACAGCCAUGAUCAUCUUCACAAUCAUUGGUACUAUUGGCAACACACUGGUAAUCGUCGCUGUCAUCCUAUCCCGACGACUCCGCUCCCCAACCAACUGGUUCAUCGUCAACUUGGCCUUUGCUGAUUUCUUCGCAUGCCUCACUUAUCCUUUCAAUGCCGUUGCAAUGCUGAGUCGUACUGGCUGGCCACUCCCGGACUGGAUCUGCACCCUCUGCGCCGCAAUGUUUUACAUCUGCCUUGGUGCCAGCGUCCUGACGUUGGUCGCCAUCGCCUUCAAUCGUUAUUACCUGCUGACGAAACCGAUCGCACAGUUCAGGAAAUUAUUCAUACCGAGGAACAUUGUCUUCAUGAUGACUGCUUCUUGGGCGUAUCCUUCGAUAUUGGUCUUGGUGCCAUACUCUGCUGGUGUGGUAAAAUUGGGCUACUCUGAAAAGUACAAGACCUGCUCGCAAGAUAAUCUAUUUCUUUCCAAGAUCCCAGGCUUUCACAGUCUACUCACCGGAGCUGGCGUACUCUUCCCCGCCUCUUUUGUUAUUGUUGUCAUCUAUGCCAGAAUUUACUUCUUCGUAUCCAAACACGCGUCGGCCAUGUCAAAAACCCGUCGAAGUGCAAAGAUCAACCUGGAGAUGAGUUCCUCCAAGUUUUCUUCUAUCAAACCAACCAGUACGACCGAUGCCUUGAGCCAUUCCACUUGGGAAUCUAGUACAAGCCAGGCAAUCGAAGCAAGUAAUGCCACUGCUGGCGACAUCGAAAGUUCUGGAAAGGUCCCAAAUGAAUCGAAAUCUGAGAACGGGUCCAAGAUCCCAUACAAACCUGGCGCUGAUCUACCGAGAGCUCCAAGCAAAAUCCCACGAAAAAGUGAAAGAGUCAAGAAAGAAAGCCGCAUCGACCGUUACCAAGUAACCGUCAUCAACAGACUGGCCGUUGUAAUCAUAGCCUUCUUCAUCUGCGUGCUACCGUGUGCCAUCAGUUGCAUACUUCCCCAUACCGAUCCGGCUGCACCUUGGACCUCGCUACUCAAGACUUUCAACAGCUGUAUAAAUCCACUCAUCUACGCCAGGACAAUGCCGGAGUUCCGCAGGGUGAUGAGAGCCAUCGUCCGUUGUCGCUUUCACGAGAUUCCAGAGCCAAUUUCAUGCAUUCGUCGUCAGAAUUAG